AUGCCUUCAGAUGAAUUAUUUGGUGGAGCGGACUUUCAGAAGGCGUGCAAAGCUGUUAUCGCCGCUCUUCAUCGUCUACAUUUGCCAGACGAGAAGACGCAUCAAGAGACGGCAACGGCCAUGUUUCCGCACCAGAAGAUACGUGUACCUUUACCGCAGUUUUGGCACCACGGCCGUGAAAAUGACGAUUUAAACACUAGGCUUGUCGCUCAUCAGACAAUGAAUACUUGA